CAAGUGUGCAGGAAGUUGCUAGGACUUUUGGAUGAAGUUGACUUUUCACAGCGCUAUCCUCCUACAAUGAAGUUGGAGUUUUUUGAAUUGUCGAUGAUUGAACAAGCCAUCAAAAGUGUAGAGACUUGAACCGAACAGGACAUUUUGUAUUGUGACGUCAAACGACUUCACUGCCUACUGCUGAACGAACUGAACAACUACCAGGGCAAUAUCAUGGUGACUCAGAGACCGCGAGUAUUAGAGGAAGUGGAGAAUAUUCUGCAUCACAUGGUCCUACGUAACAGAAUCCGACAGGAACUGUCCACCAAACAGCAGGCUCUGGAGGCGUGGCGUCAGGUGACCGAGGUUCUGUUGACCGCGUGUCCCGAGGACCUACUUACCACUGAGGACAGACAGACCGUACUGUUUGAGCUGCUACAGGAACUACAGAGAAAGGUGACAGAAGAUGAUGCCUUGACAGAGUUAACUGCCCCUGUGGCUGGGAUUAUCCUGACUCUGAUGACAAAUCUACGUCAGUGUUUCUGUCAGGAUUCUGUCACCGACGACGAAGCCUCACACUUCCUCACCAUGCUGGACUCCACAGCAGGUCAAGGUCAAAUGGGGUCAUGGGGUCAAGUGUCAGGGUCACAAACCCAAUUUGCUUCCUCCCUUCAACUGGUGCUUAGAGGAGUAAUAGAUCACAUUCUGCUUUCAAGUGGUGGCCAGCAGAGGGUAAGAGCCAAUCUAUAUGGGGCCCUGCUGUCAGAAACCCAAUUCACUGACUCACAUAGAUACAGAGGCAGGAGGUGAUGGGGUUGGAAAGAGGAUUUUGGCCGAUGCCCACUCUGAGUAUGAGAGCUGAGGCAGAAAAAUGUGGCUACAAUUCUGUCGUAUGACGACAACUUUAUGGACAUGGUGUGUCGUGAUGCAUGUGAUGGACAUGAUGUAGGACGGAUGCUGGCUCUUUCAGUACUAGACACCAUUCUGUCUAUGGACAAGUUCCAGCAGUGGAUGACCUUUCUGUCCUCUAAAGGUUACCUCCAACACCUGGUGGACAGCCUUCUCCAUGACGACCAGCCGCUACAGACCCUUGUGUCCCCCACCCCCAACUCAGAGUGCUGUACAUCUACCUGUCUAAACUUAGUUUGUUGACGUGGGUGGCAGAAUCUGCUGUGGGGGCCCACACCUUGUUACAGUGUGGAGUCAUGCAGAGACUGGCUGGAUGUGUCAUCUUUGACCUCCGACCUGACUUUGAC